AUGAGCCGCGAGGAGCGGAAGACGGCGCAGAUAUGGGCGUCCAUUGAGAAGAUGCAGAAGAAGGAAGAAGACAGCAUGAACCACUCGGACAACAGCAGCAGCGACCGCCAGGCCAAGCGCAAGAAGGGUCGCAAGAAGGACCGGAAGCGCGAUUCGCUUGACGACGACGCGGCGCUCACGAUGCACAAGAGCGACUGCCAGUCGUGGCGAACCAACCCGUUUGUGCCACCGACCAAGAAGUGGCGGUCACGCUGGGAACACAACCAUCCGCGGCCAACCCCGACGAUCGACACCAUGGCGAGCCCAAAGCAGGACGCCGAGACGAUGGCACCGCCGCAGAUUGACACGGCCAUGGACAGCAAGCCGACACCAUCCGUGCCAUGCGUAGCGCCUGCGGAGGCCUCGACGCCCCUGCCAUUGCCGAGCAUCGGCCAUCAUCGGUCACAGGAGCCCGAUCCCGAAGACGACGAGGAAGGCCUUGUAAAGGAAGACGACAUCGAGCCCGCGCCAGUGCAAGCGGCGCCCGAACGCAGCGUGAUGAUGAUUACUGCGAAUGUUCAUGUCGUCGAGCAACCCGUGGACGACAAGGCAGUCGACGAGCCGAUGGUCGACACGGCGUCCACCGAAGGACUACCGAGCGUCGUGCCGCCGACCUCCCUGCACGUAGAUGAGCCCGAGCCAACAACGCUUCCCGUCGCAUCGCCGAGCGUAUCCAAGUCAUCGCGGUCGCCGUCGGUCGAUGACAGCGUGCGGAGUCCGUCGACGAGCGCGGAGCGGCCGCGCGCGCCGAGCGAGAUGAACGCCAUUGGCUCGCGACGGAAGCGCAAGUCGCUCUGGGACGUGGGGGAUCCGCGCCUCGGGCACGAGCGGGCCACGGACCUCGUGCCAUCGUGGCAGAACUUUGCGUCUACAUCGUCGUCGUCGUCCUCUUCGUCCUUCCAUGCGCCGAGCAGCGGGUCUGCGUCGUCGCGACGGUACCAGCCGUACAUUCAGCCCCGCGGGCGAUCGUGGAACAACAGCAGCGCUACGCCGCCUCCGUCAUCCUCGAGCACGACGCCCAGUAGUAGCUACACGCGGUAG